AUGUUGCCCAAGUACGGUGGCGUCGAAAGCAGCGGCGACAUCCUACAGUCGCCCUUCAAACCGAGAACCAACAACAGCGACGCCGGCGCCACGAUCAAGAUGGAUCUCGACGGGCUGCCAGGACAAUCAGACGCCGUUUUCGAACGACACAGCAGGCCGCCGCCGCCACGGCAGAUACUAGUCACGACAACAAUCACAGCUAAGAGCGAGCCAAAAAAUCACAGCGCAGCAGUAAAAACGCCAGCCAACUCUUCCCCCACCACCACCACCACCAUCACCACCACCCAGCCACGCCACCAUCAACGGCGCCCGCUCCCUCCGCUGCCAUCAGUCCCGCUGCUGAACCUCGCCGCGCCCUCGCCCGCCCUGCCCGUGCGCUCCGGCCUGCGCCAGCACCAGUACGACUACGUGGCGCGCGUGCGGCAGCAGCGCAACCCGGCGCUAGCGGCGCAGCACGAGCUGCUGGCGCGCAGCCGCCGGUUCGAGAGGCAGUUCUUUGCUGCGGCGGCCACCGCCAAUUCGCCUAGAGGCAAACUGUCUCUGCCAGGCACAAAAAGACCAGCUGGUGCCUCUUUUGCGGGGGAAGAAGAAGAGGGACGCAUACCGCGCUCGGCUGUUGCUGCUGUGGAUCCUCGCAAGAGGCCCCGGACGAGUAAUCUCCGGGCCGCCCUGCGCUCGUUUCUCGAUGAGGUUGCUGGUGAGCAGACGCAGAACCAAACGCAGGCCCAGACGCAGCGCCACAGGUCGUGGCCUGAACAAGGACAAGGACAUGGGCAUGUUGAAGCGCCGCGCCGUGUCAAUCAUGUCAACAGUAAUAUCACCAGAGCCGCCAGCACCGCCACGGCUGCCCUCCUGCCAUCGCCCAUGCCCCGUCCUCCUGCCCUGCCCACAACCACUAGGCCCGCUACCAUUACUACAAAUACCACUACCACGGCUAUUACCGCAGCAGCAACUGGCGCCCCCACGACGCCAGCAAGGAGAAAACACAAACGCUCGUUCGCCGUGUUCCUCGGCCGCAGCAGCUCCCGCAACAACGUCGCUACCACUGCUCCUUCAGAGAAUAACAACAACGAGGACAGGGACAGGGACAGAGACUCGCGGAACCGCAGGCUCGGCCACCGCCGCGCCGGCGCAAGGACAGGGCCUCCGGGGAGUGAGUUUGGGUUUUAUGGGUGGUGA